AUGAGUACCGAAAAGCUCAGUGUAUCACUUGGGAGAUCAACUUUUGACAUCAUCAAAGACAAAGUGUGGAGACGAUUAAUGAUGGAAUUUGAUUAUCUUGAUAAUACAUAUGGUAUUUCAGGUAAUGAUCUUUGUGACGAUGCUUUAUAUUUUGAGUCUGAAGAGUGCACUUGGACGAAGAAAGUAACAUCCGGAAAAGUGAUCCAAAAAAAUAUGUUGCGAAUUCCCAACAAUAUGAUCAGGAUGUGUUUGGCCAUGCCUCAAAGCUCGAUGGAGCUACUUGAUACUGACACUGGAGUAUCAUACCAGUGCGAGCUAAAACAAAGGAAGGAUAUAAAGGGGAAGUUUCUUGCUAAUUGUUGGUAUGACUUUUCCAGACAAAGAAGGUUAAAGAGAGGUGUUGUACUGUCAUUUUACCUCCGCUAUCCUCCGGCCACGAGACUCUUAGUAUGUGUGCUGAAUCGGUCAUAUGUUGGUUGA